GUGUGUGUGACUGUGUGUGACUUUGUGUGUGACUUUGUGUGUAUGUGACUGUGUUUAUGUGAAUGUGUGUGUAUGUGACUGUGUAUGUGACUUUGUGUGACUGUGUGUGUGUGUGUGACUGUGUGUGUGUGUGUGACUGUGUGUGUGUGUGUGACUGUGUGUGUGUGUAUGUGACUGUGUGUAUGACUGUGUGUGUGUGACUGUGUGUGUGUGACUGUGUGUGUGUGUGACUGUGUGUAUAUGACUUUGUGUGUGUGUGACUGUGUGUGUGUGACUGUGUGUGUAUGUGACUGUGUGGAUGUGACUGUGUGUGUAUGUGACUGUGUGUAUGUGACUGUGUGUAUGUGACUGUGUGUAUAUGUGACUGUCUGUGACUGUGUGUGUGUGUGUGUGUGUGUGUGUGGUGUGUGUGACUGUGUGUUUAUGUGACUGUGUGUGUAUGUGACUGUGUGUGACUGUGUGUGUGUUGUGACUGUGUGUGUCUGUGUGUGUGUGUGUGUGUGACUGUGUGUGUGACUGUUUGUAUGUGACUGUGUGUAUGUGACUGUAGGUAUGUGACUGUGUGUGUAUGUGACUGUGUGUGUAUGUGACUGUGUGUGUGUGUGACUGUGUGUGUGUGUGACUGUGUUUGUGGCUGUGUGUGUAUGUGACUGUGUGUGUGUGUGUGUGUGUGUGAACCUGUGUGUGUGUGUGACUGUGUGUGUAUGUGACUGUGUGUAUGUGACUGUGUGUAUGUGACUGUGUGUGUGACAGUGUGUAUGUGACUGUGUGUAUGUGACUGUGUGUGUGUGUGUGUGUGUGAUUGUGUGUGUGUUACUGUGUGUAAAUGUGUGACUGUGUGUGUGUGACUGUGUGUGUAUGUGACUUUGUGUGUGACUUUGUGUGUAUGUGACUGUGUUUAUGUGAAUGUGUGUGUAUGUGACUGUGAAUGUGUGUGUAUGUGACUGUGUAUGUGAUUUUGUGUGACUGUGUGUGUAUGUGACUGUGUGUAUGACUGUGUGUGGGUGUGACUGUGUGUAUGUGACUGUGUGUAUGUGACUUUGUGUGUGUGUGACUGUGUGUGACUUUGUGUGUGACUUUGUGUGUAUGUGACUGUGUUUAUGUGAAUGUGUGUGUAUGUGACUGUGUAUGUGACUUUGUGUGACUGUGUGUGUGUGUGACUGUGUGUGUGUAUGUGACUGUGUGUAUGACUGUGUGUGUGUGACUGUGUGUGUGUGACUGUGUGUAUGUGACUGUGUGUAUAUGACUUUGUGUGUGUGUGACUGUGUCUGUGUGACUGUGUGUGUAUGUGACUGUAUGUGACUGUGUGUGUAUGUGACUGUGUGUAUGUGACUGUGUGUGUGACUGUGUGUAUGUGACUGUGUGUAUAUGUGACUGUCUGUGACUGUGUGUGUGUGUGACUGUGUGUUUACGUGACUGUGUGUGUGUGUGACUGUGUGUGACUGUGUGUGUGUGACUGUGGUGUGUGUGUGUGACUGUGUGUGUGUGUGUGACUGUGUGUGUGACUGUUUGUAUGUGACUGUGUGUAUGUGACUGUAGGUAUGUGACUGUGUGUGUAUGUGACUGUGUGUGUAUGUGACUGUGUGUGUGUGUGACUGUGUGUGUGUGUGUGUGACUGUGUUUGUGGCUGUGUGUGUAUGUGACUGUGUGUGUGUGUGUGUGUGUGACUGUGUGUGUAUGUGACUGUGUGUAUGUGACUGUGUGUAUGUGACUGUGUGUAUUUGACUUUGUGUAUGUGACUGUGUGUGUAUGUGACUGUGUGUGUGUGACUGUGUGUGUUUGACUGUGUGUGUAUGUGACUGUGUGUAUGCGACUGUGUGUGUGUAUGUGACUGUGUGUAUGUGACUGUGUGUGUGUAUGUGACUGUGUGUAUUUGACUGUGUGUGUAUGUGACUUUGUGUAUGUGACUGUGUGUGUGUGGCUGUGUGUGUAUGUGACUCUGUGUGUAUGUGACUCUGUGUGUAUGUGACUGUGUGUGUGUAUGUGACUGUGUGUGUGUAUGUGACUGUGUGUGUGUAUGUGACUGUGUGUGUGUGUGAAUGUGUGUGUGUGUGAAUGUGACUGUGUGUGAAUGUGACUGUGUGUGUGUAUGUGACUGUGUGUGUAUGUGACUGUGUGUGUAUGUGACUGUGUAAUUCAUCUCCCUUCUUCCUUAUUCCUGGUUUAGAGGGAAAUAUCAUUACAGCCAGUCAGUCAGACCCUGGUCUCUCAGAUGGGGCUGGCUACUAGCUGGAAUGGGAUGUAAAUGAUAUGUGAAUGGAAGCUGAUUACUGAGGAGUAAAUUAUUAAUGUUGUAUUGGACAUGUCUUUAUGCUUUUACUUUGUCAGUUGAAAUGGAGUUAAACUGUGACUGGAAUAUGAUCAGCUUGUAAACAGCUUCAAUAGCUGGUUCAUGGAAGAACUCAACCCUACAUUCUCUAUCAGCCUCAUCACUAUUAUUCCAUGGGCCCUGGUCAGAACUAGGAACCUAUAGACAAUUGGUUGCCAUAUAGAGUGUCAUUUGGGACCUAGCUAAUGCAAAGACAUCAUGUUCCAUUACAGUUCCUGCACCCUAUGAUGUACAUAUCUGUCUCUGUCUGUUCUGUCUCUGUCUGUCUCUGUUCUGUCUCUGUCUUCUGUCUCUGUCUUCUGUCUUCGUCUCUGUCUUCUGUCUUCUGUCUUCUGUCUCUGUCUUCUGUCUUCUGUCUCUGUCUUCUGUCUCUGUCUUCUGUCUCUGUCUUCUGUCUAUGUCUUCUGUCUUCUGUCUUCUGUCUCUGUCUUCUGUCUUCUGUCUUCUCUUGUCUUCUGUCUUCUGUUCUUUUUCUUCUGUCGUUCUGUCUCUGUCUUCUGUCUCUGUCUUCUGUCUUCUGUCUCUGUCUUCUGUUCUGUCUUCUGUCUUGUUCUGUCUCUGUCUCUUCUUCUGUCUUUGGUCUCUGUUCUGUCUCUGUCUUUUUUCGUCUUUAUGUCUUCUGUCUCUGUCUUCUGGUCUUCUCUUCUCUGUCUUCUGUCUUCUGUCUCUCUGUUUUGUCUUUUGUCUUCUGUCUCUGUCUUCUGUCUCUGUCUUCUGUUUUUGUCUCUGUUCUGUUUUUGUCUCGGUCUGUCUUCUGUUCUGUCUCGUUUCCUCUGUCUUCUGUCUGUCUGUCUCUGUCUUCUGUCUUCUGUCUCUGUCUUUCUCUGUCUCUGUCUUUCUGUUCUGUCCUUCUUGUUCUGUCUUCUGUCUGUCUCUGUCUCUGUCUUCUGUCUCUGUCUCUGUCUUCUGUCUCUGUUUUUGUCCUGUCUUUCCUGUCUUCUGUCUCUGUUUCUGUCUCUGUUUCUGUCUCUGUGUUUCUGUCUCUGUCUUGUCGUUCUGUCUUCUGCUUUUCUUAUCUUGUCUUCUGUCUUCUAUUUCUUCGUCUCGGGCUUCUGUCUCUGUGUUCAUCUCUGUUUCUGUCUCUGUCUUAUGUCUCUGGCUGUCGUUCUGUCUUCUGUCUCUGUCUUGUCUUCUGUCUCUGUCAUUCUUCUCUGUCUUCUUUUAGUUCUGUUCUGUCUCUGCUGUCUCUUUUCUCUCGUGUCUGCUGGUCAUCUUGUUAUGGUCAUAUGUCUUCUGUAUCUCUUCGGUAUCUCUGUCUUGUACUCUGUUUCUGCUCUCUUUGUCUUCUAUCUCUCGUCUUCUGUCAUCUGUCUUAGGGUCUCUGUCUCUGUCUCUGUCUCUGUUUCUGUCUUCUGUCUUCUGUCCUGUUUCUGUCUUCUUCUGUCGUUCUUGUUGUCUCUGUAUUUGACUGUCUUCGUCUCUGUCUUCGUCUUACUGUCUUCUUCGUCUCUGUCUUCGGCUUCGGUCUGCUUCUGUCUCUGUCUUCUGUACCUCUGCUGUCUCUGUCUCUGUCUUCUGUAUCUGUCUUCUAGUCUUGUUAGUCUGUUUCUGUCUGGUUUUUCUGUCUUCUGUCUGUUCUGGUCUGUUCUGUCCUGUGUUGUCUCUGUCUUCUGUCUCUGUAUGCUCUCUCUGUCUCUGUCGUGUCUUCUGUCUCUGUCUUCUAUCCUGUCUUCGUCUUCUGUCUCUGCUCUUCUGUUCUGUCUCUGUCUCUGUGUUCUUCUCUGUCUCUGUCUCUGUCUUCUGUUCUGUGUGUAGUCUUGCUUCUGUCUCUGUCUUCUGCUGUCUUGUCUUCUGUCUGUUUAUCCUAUGUCUUCUGUUAUGUCUUCUGUCUCUGUCUCGGUCUCUGCUGUGGGUUUUGUCUCGGUGUUUGUCUGCGUGUUCUUGGUUCGUGUUCUAUUCGUCUUUGUCUCGUCGCUGUCUUUGUCUCUGUCUUCUGUCUUCUCUCUGUCGUCUGUCUUCUGUCUUCUGUCUCUGUCUUCUCUGUCUAUGUGUUCUAUCUCUGUCUUCUGUCUAUGCCUUCUGUCUCUGUUUCUGUCUUCUGUCUCUGUGUUCUAUCUCUGUGUUCUGUGUUCUAUCUCUGUGUUCUGUGUUCUAUCUCUGUCUUCUGUCUUCUGUCUUCUGUCUCUGUCUUCUGUCUCUGUCUUCUGUCUUCUGUCUUCUGUCUAUGUGUUCUAUCUCUGUCGUCUUCUUCUGUCUCUGUUUCUGUGUUCUAUCUCUGUCUUUCUGUCUUCUGUCUUCUUCUCGGUCCCUCUGUCUUCUGUCUCUGUCUUCUGUCUAAGUGUUCUAUCUCUGUCUUCUGUCUAUGUCUUCUGUCUCUGUUUCUGUCUCUGGUCUUCUGGUCUUUCUAUCUCUUGUUCUGUGGGUUCUAUUCUCUGUCCUCCUGUCUUGUGUAUGAUCUCUGUCGUCUGUCUUUUUGUCUCUGUAAUUUUCUGUCUCUGUCUUUCUGGUCUCUGGUAUUCUGUGUUCGAUCUCUGUGUUCUGGUCUCUGUGUUCUGGUCUCUGUGUUCUAUCUCUGUGUUAUGUCGUCUGUCUCUGGCUUCUGUCUUCCUGUCCUCUGGUCUUUCUGUCUCUGUCUUCUGUCUCUGUCUCUGUCUUGUCUUCUGUCGUCCUGUCUCUGUCUCUAUGUGUUCUGUUACUGUGUUUCUGUCUCUGUGUUCUAUCUCUAAGCUGGGAGGAGAGAUAGGGUGAGGAAGGGAGUGGAUAAAUACUUAGCAGUAGCUUAUUACAACAUAACCCAGUCAGCUGUAACUGAACAUGAGCAACGUUCGACAUCUUUACAUCUCUCUAUUUCCCUUCUCUACAGUGGGAGGAGAUAGGUGAAGUGGAUGAGAACUAUGCUCCGAUCCACACGUACCAGGUGUGUAAAGUGAUGGAACACAAUCAGAACAACUGGCUCCAGACCAACCUUAUCCUCAACGAGGGGGCUCAGAGGGUGUUUGUGGAGCUGCAGUUCACUUUGAGGGACUGUAACAGCCUUCCGGGCGGUGUGGGGGACCUGCAAGGAGACCUUCAACAUGUACUACUACGAGUCUAACGAGGAGGAGGGGAGCAACGUCAGGGAGAGCCAGUACUCUAAAGUAGACACCAUCGCUGCUGACGAGAGCUUUACGGAGUUAGACCUGGGAGACAGAGUGAUGAAGCUGAAUACAGAGGUUAGGGAUCUGGGGCCGUUGAUGAAGAAGGGGUUCUACCUGGCGUUUCAGGACCUAGGGGCCUGUAUAGCCCUGGUCUCUGUCAGAGUGUUCUAUAAGAAGUGUCCCUUUGAGUGGGAACCUAGCUCAGUUCCAGGACACUUAAAAGGGUCGGAUCCUCCAGCUGCUGGAGGUGGCAGGGAAAUGCGUUUAACAACUCGGUGGCGGAGGACCUACCAGGGUGCACUGCGCCAGGGGAGGGGGAGGGCUAGUGCCCAGGAAAGUGUAUGGCCAGGCCCGGGGUUUGGGAGUGAAUGACAGUUGUCAAGGUAGGUACUGAAUCUAAUUGUUAUUACACCCAAGAGGGAUAACCUAAAUUUAGGCUGGCCAGCAAGGAACAUUCAAAAUCCCGAAUAUUUGCAUGGAAGUUUGAAAAGACACGAUUCAUGGGGGAGUGUGGCACAUUUCUCCUAGCCCAGUCUGAAUAGUAUAGCCUAAGUAUGGGCAGCUUAUUCCCACCCUGAUAAGGUAUGUUUCUGCCUCUGUACUGUGGGAUGAGAUGGGGAGGCUAAUGGGAUGUGUUCAUAUCAUAAUAAGGACAUGCAUAGACAAACACAGUAUUACACUUCAAAUGUUUUUCUCCUAAUGAACAAUACCAUCAUUAAACUUAUGUUAUAGCUGUUAUGGUGACCUUUGAUGUUAACAAGGAACCUGUUAGCUAGCUAAAGGCUAUCAACCAUGAUUAGUGCUCAGAAGAAGUGGUCGGGAUGAAGUGAGUGAGUGCCAACUGCUGCCUCUCUCUGUGUGUGUGUGUGUGUUGAGUGACUGUCUGAGUGUGUGUGUGUGUGUGUGUGUUGAGUGACUGUCUCAGUGUGUGUGUGUGUUGAGUGACUGUCUGAGUGUGUGUGUGUGUGUGUUGAGUGACUGUGAGUGUGUGUGUUGAGUGACUGUCUGAGUGUGUGUGUGUGUUGAGUGACUGUCUGAGUGUGUGUGUGUGUUGAGUGACUGUGAGUGUGUGUGUGUGUGUGUUGAGUGACUGUGAGUGUGUGUGUUGAGUGACUGUCUGAGUGUGUGUGUGUUGAGUGAGUGUGUGUGUUGAGUGAGUGUGUGUGUGUUGAGUGACUGUGUGAGUGACUGUGUGAGUGACUGUGUGAUGAAUAACAGGGCUUAGAGGAGACACUAGGCAUCAAAUCACAUGUUAUUUAUCACAUGCUUCAUAAACAACAGGUGUAUAAAAGACCCCUGGGAGCCUGAAAUCUUUCUGAUUGAGAGGGGGUCAAAUACUUAUUUCCCUCAUUAAAAUGCAAAUCAAUUUAUAACAUUUUUGACAUACGUUUUUCUGGAUUUUUUUGUUGUUAUUCUGUCUCUCACUGUUCAAAUAAACCUACCAUUAAAAUUAUAGACUGAUCAUUUCUUUGUCAGUGGGCAAACGUACAAAAUCAGCAGGGGAUCAAAUACUUUUUUCCCUCACCUGUAUGUACAUGUAGGUAGGGAUAAGUGACCAGGCAACAGGAUAGAUAUAGACAGUAGCAGCAGUAUACUGUAGGUAGGGGUAAAAGUGACUAGACAACAGGAUAGAUAAUAGACAGUAGCAGCAGUAUACUGUAGGUAGGGGUAAAGUGACUAGACAACAGGAUAGAUAAUAGACAGUAGCAGCAGUAUACUGUAGGUAGGGAUAAAGUGACUAGACAACAGGAUAGAUAAUAGACAGUUGCAGCAACGUAUGUGAUGAGUCAAAAGAGUUAGUGCAAAAAGGGUCAAUGCAGAUAGUUAAAUAGUUAACCAAUAGCUACCCAGACUAACUAUUUAGCAGUCUUAUGGCUUGUGGGUAGAAGCUGUUCAGGGUCCAGUUGGUUCCAGACUAGGUGCAACGGUACCACUUGGUGACAUCAGCAUGACCCAGACAGACUGCAGUCCUCUGGCACUAUGAUGCUGACUUCUCUGAUGACCCAGACAGACUACAGUCCUCUGGCACUAUGAUGCUGACUUCUCUGAUGACCCAGACAGACUACAGUCCUCUGGCACUAUGAUGCUGACUUCUCUGAUGACCCAGACAGACUACAGUCCUCUGGCACUAUGAUGCUGACUUCUCCUCAACGUCUUUACUAAGAACUUAAUAAUUUAAUGUUGGAACAUCAAAACUCCAUUAUAGAUACGCUGAUUCUGGGAAUAUUAUCCCAAUGGUCGUUCAGUACAUUUUCAAAUGAAGCAUCAAAAUGGUGAUGCCCCCAUCUUCAUUUCUAAAGUUCUGCAUGCUUUUUUCUGCAUUGUUGUCUCUCUGCCUGCUCCUAUGUUGUACUGGGAGACUCCCCAGACAGCAGGCCUUACGGAGGACUCCCCAGAGAACAGGCCUUACGGAGGACUCCCCAGAGAACAGGCCUUACGGAGGACUCCCCAGAGAACAGGCCUUACGGAGGACUCCCCAGAGAACAGGCCUUACGGAGGACUCCCCAGAGAACAGGCCUUACGGAGGACUCCCCAGAGAACAGGGCCUUAACGGAGGACUCCCCAGAGAACAGGCCUUGCGGAGGACUCCCCAGAGAAAAGGCCUUACGGAGGACUCCCCAGACAGCAGGCCUUACGGAGGACUCCCCAGAGAACAGGCCUUACGGAGGACUCCCCAGAGAACAGGCCUUACGGAGGACUCCCCAGACAGCAGGCCUUACGGAGGACUCCCCAGAGAACAGCACUUACGGAGGACUCCCCAGAGAACAGGCCUUACGGAGGUCUCCCCAGAGAAACAGGCCUUACGGAGGACUCCCCAGAGAACAGGCCUUACGGAGGACUCCCCCAGAGAACAGGCCUUACGGAGGACUCCCCAGGGAACAGGCCUUACGGAGGACUCCCCAGAGAACAGGCCUUACGGAGGACUCCCCAGAGAACAGGCCUUACGGAGGACUCCCCAGAGAACAGGCCUUACGGAGGACUCCCCAGAGAACAGGCCUUACGGAGGACUCCCCAGAGAAACAGGCCUUACGGAGGACUCCCCAGAGAACAGGCCUUACGGAGGACUCCCCAGAGAACAGGCCUUACGGAGGACUCCCCAGAGAACAGGCCUUACGGAGGACUCCCCAGAGAACAGGCCUUACGGAGGACUCCCCAGACAGCAGGCCUUACGGAGGACUCCCCCAGAGAAGGAGGACUCCCCAGAGAAACAGGCCUUACGGAGGACUCCCCCAGAGAACAGGCCUUACGGAGGACUCCCCAGAGAACAGGCCUUACGGAGGACUCCCCAUAGAACAGGCCUUACGGAGGACUCCCCAGAGAACAGGCCUUACGGAGGAUCUCCCCAGAGGAACAGGCCUUACGGAGGACUCCCCAGAGAACAGGCCUUACGGAGGACUCCCCAGAGAACAGGCCUUACGGAGGACUCCCCAGAGAACAGGCCUUACGGAGGACCUCCCCAGAGAACAGGCCUUACGGAGGACUCCCCAGAGAAACAGGCCUUACGGAGGACUCCCCAGAGAACAGGCCUUACGGAGGACUCCCCAGAGAACAGGCCUUACGGAGGACUCCCCAGAGAACAGGCCUUCGGAGGACUCCCCAGAGAACAGGCCUUACGGAGGACUCCCCAGAGAACAGGCCUUACGGAGGACUCCCCCCAGACGAACAGGCCUCACGGAGGACUCCCCAGAGAACAGGCCUUACGGAGGACUCCCCAGAGAACAGGCCUUACGGAGGACUCCUCAGACGCAGGCCUUACGGAGGACUCCCCAGAGAACAGGCCUUACGGAGGACUCCCCAGAGAACAGGCCUUACGGAGGACUCCCCAGAGAACAGGCCUUACGGAGGACUCCUCAGAGAACAGGCCUUACGGAGGACUCCCCAGAGAACAGGCCUUACGGAGGACUCCCCAGAGAACAGGCCUUACGGAGGACUCCUCAGAGAACAGGCCUUACGGAGGACUCCCCAGAGAACAGGCCUUACGGAGGACUCCCCAGAGAACAGGCCUUACGGAGGACUCCCCACGGAGCUGCUAG